AUGGAGAAGAAAGAGACGUUAUCACUCAUCAACGAUCUGCUGACGGAAAAUGAUGUUGAUCAUGAUGUUCUCUUUUUCGAACCUUUUAAAAGUCAUACUAUAAAAGAAGCAGCGCAAAUUCUGAUCUCAGAAUGCCGAAAAAAUGUAUAUAAGAAAGAUGCAUUCAAGUACAACAUGACGGAGUUAUUUAAAAAACGAUAUGAACUCCUAGGAACCGCUAGCUAUCAAAAAGUAAAACCGAAUACUGCGCUGUUAGAGAGAACUAUUCUCGAAGUCUUUAAUCACACCGAAAAACUAUCCUUGUCAAAAAUGAAAUCACACUUUCCCGGAUUAGAUGUCACCGGUGAAUAUAGAAAAAACAGAAUUAGAUGGACACAAAAAGACAGUGAUACUUUACCAGACAUCAAAUUGGUGAAAAGGUGGUAUACAGAAUAUCCCCACAUGAUAGAAAAGGAGUUGGUUGAAAUGGUGCACGCAAGAUGUUACAUUGUUAUGCAUAUAGCAAGUUAUGUUCUGGAGGAGACUGAACUCAAACAAAUUCUGGCAACUGUGCCUUCCCAGUCUCAAGAAAAAACGCAGAGACACAAAUUAUUGGAAUAUGAGGUACUCCUUCUUCGUUUUCUAAAAGUAGCCACCGCAUCUAAUGCAAAUCACUGUCAACGGGUCUUACAAGAAUCUCAAAUCGCAAUGAAAGCUUUAGUCGAAGAGUACAAUAUGUUUCUUCUGGAUAACAGCCAUCACGAGUAUCAGCAUGCAUAUGAACUACUUAUCAAAUGCUACUGGAUAAUUCUGUCAAAAAUAGUAAUUGAUGAUAACACAAUUGACUGGGCUCCAUUCGCAGUCCUAGAACUUGUACAGUCACACAGCAUCAUCAAUUUUAUGAUUCAAUUCUGGACAAAGUAUCCGCUGCCUACAGUACCCCCGAAUGAAGUCACUUUUUUGCAUCAAAUGAUAAUUCAAUUCGUUUUGCAAUCAACCGAAGAAAAAGAUUAUGGUCUUUUAAAUCAUUUUAUUGACAGCCAAAGAAUACCUCAGAAUGGAAUAGUUUCAAAAACUUUCGCACUCUACCAUGUUCUCAAAAAUCCUUUAUCUGAUUUCGCCCAUCAUAUUCUGGAAUUUCCUGAUGUUUAUGAAUUCCCAGUAUCUUCAUAUAGUGUUGAUCUGAACAACAUCAGUGAAACAAAAGAACGAAUACCAUCAAUAUCCACUGAACAGUUUGAAUAUAUGUGGGAAAAAAUAGUUAUGUACACAGUAAAACAACAACGAGAUUUGAGAGAAAAGAUAAUUAUCACUGCGAUUAUAAGUGGAUUGAGAGAUCAGAUUCAAGCAAAAUUGAAACGAAUGAAACACUUAUCGACUGAAUACUUAGUUCAGUGUCCAACGUUUUUGUACUACGAGGAAUUGGCACGAAUCGUUGAGAAACGGGACUUUAGUGCGGUUCAUAUAGAAAUUGAGAAUGAAGGAUACAAGCUUAUCGCUAACUUACAAUCCGAGGCAACUAACCACUUUGUCAACUUGUCACCUCAAGAAGCGGAAAACUGUUUCAAGAAAACCCUGGAACUUCUUAUUGAUAUUCCUGAGUUUAAAAACUCAAAAACACCCUAUGAAAUCAUUGGUUUGUGUUUUCAAAAUGCAUGUCUCCAACGGAAUAUGAAGUUGAGAAAUUACAUGGCAGAGAAGAUUGUCUUCAUUCUUCAAGAUUUGAACAAUUAUCACGCACUUAAUCAUUUCUUACUGCUGUUAGCCAAAGUAUUGCGUUCACAUUCAUCAGAAGAUCUUAUGAAGAAAGCAUACUGCCAAAAAGAUGUGUUAAUUGAUGAAAUUCGAACACUUCUACUCGAUGUUGAAACAAAACUUGCGAGUUUCAACAUCAGUGAAGUUGAUAUGCUUGAUUCUCAUUUUCAAGUCAAUGCAAUAGGGCUCAACACAAAACUUGACCACUACUGUCAGGUUCAUCUGACCUGUCUUUCUAUAUUGGUGUUUUGUGAUCAAUCACAUACUUGCUCUCCAUCACAAACUUGGUUUGAAUCACUGAAUCGGGUGUUCAAUAUAAGUAAGGCGAUAUGUGGGAAAGGAAUAAGUAAUAUAUCGGAAACUUACAUGUUUCUCUUAAACGAACAGAUAUUUAGCACGGUGUCUUUUUUCCCAUUGCCACGUGGUAUACUUUUGGAAAAUAUACGGGACAUUACUCCUCUUUUUCUUCUUCUGAAUAAAGAGACAAAGAGCAACAAUCUCAUUGACUUUGCUCAUAACAACUUGAAAUCGCUCAUGCAACGAAAACAAGUUUUAAUUCGCUAUUCUCACACACCGAUUUGCAACUACUUGACCCAAAGAUUAAAUAAUGCCAUGGAACCUGGAUUACUCAUAUCAUAUUUCGUGAACACUAUUUUGAGAAGUCAUGAAAAAGUCGAUAUUCGGAAUGACUGUUUAUCAUAUCUCCUACAAACAUUGAACCUUUCAUGGACCCAUCCGGUUCAGCAUGAAGAUAUGGAAUAUUUAACUCAUGUGAGCGGUUCUCAGAAGUUAAAUCUGAAUGUCUACUUUCAAAUCAAAUUACGUGAGGAACUAGACGGAUCUGAACUGAUAGCAGUUACAAUUGGUAACUUGAAACUCAAAUUAAACUGCUAUUGCGAUGGUAAUGUUCUGAGAUGCCUGUACACUACUAAUAAUGGGGACAAGAUUCUUAUCUUACAAGAACCGGCAUUCCAAGUACACUCAUUAAUGUUGCAGUUUUCUAAUAACGGAGAUGAAAUUAAUAUUGUGACUCCUACGAAAACUUAUCAAGUGACAAAUAGAAGAAAUACGCGACCAUUAGAUGAAAUCAAGAUUUCAAUUUCAUCUCUUCAUCACACAAUACCCAUCGUUUUUCAAGGAAAGUCUCGAAAAGAGCAGAUUGGGUUUGAGAGUAUAGCGGAGCAGCUGAGGUCUUGUGGCGGCUUUGGGUUUUUAUUCCAUGUUUUUACUAAACAUCUGGUACACUCAAGUUUGGAAAAUGAGGAGCAAACGAUAAACUAUUGGGAGUUGCUUCUGGCCUAUCUCAACGCUCCUUAUUUGAGUAAUGAGAGAUUCACAAGAACAGAAGCACUUCAAAUGACGUCUCUCCUGUUUCGAUUUACAAAAACUAAAGUUCCGGAAAAAAUACUGCAGAAAAUAUUUGACAAAUGUAUGAUCACAAACCACGAAAUCAAGGAAGCUGUUUUAUUGACAGAACUACUAUCAGAACCUACUUAUUGGGAAAAUGAUCUUACCAUGUUCUAUCGAUUGCUCAUAAGAUUCAAGUCAUCCAAUCUUGGUUCAAAUUUGGAAAAGUGCCUACCGUUGAUACUGCAAAUAGUGGCACGUAUUAUCAGGAACGAUCAUGGAACUGAUGAAGCCCAUGACAUUGUAACUGUAACUGUUGAAAUCUUCAAAGAAUGGUGUAGAGAACCCCAUGCUGUCCGCACAACUCAACUAGUCACUUUCAUGAUGGACUUGUUCGAUUUUGAGAAAAUAAGUCCACAAAACAAUAAGUUUCAUUGGGUCGAAGAAAGAACUUUGGAAAGAGAACUUUCACGUCAGCCGAUACUAAGUUUAAACGGAGAUGAAACAGAAGAGGAAAUCACUAGACGACGUAUCAACCGAGAACUGCUACAGUUAGACUUACCGCUAGGAAAUAUUGAUGACGAUGAACUAUUCCGAGUAAUGACUCCCACAGAAGUUCCAUCGGAUAAAGACUUGCGGAUGAUGACAAGGAACAGGGAUUACAUGAUGAAAGACACCCAAUAUGCAUGCUUUGAUGCCAUUACUACAGAGAAAAUUUGUUAUUUGAUUGAAGUGAACAACAAUGGAAAAGUAGUGGGAGCACUGAUCGAAAUGUAUGAGGCAAUAAUAAACCACAACAUUUACUCUGACAAAAUCGCCAAAAUCGUUCAACUCAACUUACUGCCGAUUCUUGCUCGUCAACUCCGUAACAAACCACUGACUAUGCAAUCUGUUAAUGCGCUCUUUUCAAUUCUACUCAGGGAGCAAGUUGACGUGUCCGCUGGUUUAGACAAUGCUCAUUUGGAAACAUUCUAUCCAAAUACAAUAUCCUGUCAAGCUGUGUAUCCGCUGUUGACUAUCUUCGAAGAAUCUGCAGAUGAUGUGGAAAUUGCUGUUUUUACUGUGGUCUGCACAUCACUCAAUAAAGUUUACACUUUCAAUAAUCAACUCACUCAAGCAAUGAAUGCAGCUGGAAUUGAUGAAAAUAUGGUGGCGAUUUUGGCGAAACUUGCUAAACUGGGAGACUUCAGAAUCCGUAAUGAAAAACUCAAAGCACUUCUUGAUCCGUGGUUUGCAUUUGCAAUCAGUAUCAUUCGAAUUGGUGUAAAUGGAAGACAAUCUGUGUUUGAAGGAGCCUCAAGAUUAAUAUCUCAUCUCCUUCUACUCUACACCCAAGAAAAUGGAAAACUGUUAGACCACCCUGAGAAUGAUGCACAAAGACUCAUCAGAGAUAAUGUGUACUGGGCAAUGUGUGUACUCCUACUUCAGCUUUUCAAAUUCCUGUUGGAUAUUGCACUAGCUGAUUCCAACAAACACAGAUCAGCCAGCAACUCUUCAAUUCACAUGCUUGGUUAUGAUGAAGAACCAGAAGAAAUUGAAGCGACGCCCACAAAACCAACUAAGUUUUGGGAUGAAAUUGCACAAAAAGUCAAGGAAAGUGUUCUCGGCCCAAAUCCAAAUCUGUUGAAAUGUCCAUAUCGAAAACACAAAGAAUCGCCACUAACUGCGGAAGAGAUGAGACAUCGAAUCAAAGACGUUUUGACGUUAUGCCAGUUCUUUUUCAAGAUUACCAAUCGAGUCGAAUGUGAUGAAGAGGAUAAUUUGUACAGGAUAUUUUUUGAGGAAAUGUCUAAAUGGACACUAGACGAGUCAUGGCCUAACUGUAUAUGGGUAGCGGCGGAUAUGAUGUUUGUCACUAAUGUUUUUGCGAGUUGUGUGACAUUUGUGAUGACAGAUAUACAUCAGUACAUUACUCCGUUCAACAAAGUGUUCAACCGGCAGAAAACAUCACGAAUAGAAGUAUUGCUCCACAAAAUAAUUCGAUCUUACACUAAAAUUUCAACUGUGUUCGGAAACGUUAUGGACAUCGACCAAAUGAUUCGACUAGCAAUGGAAAACAUAACCCAGCGAGAGGAUCAUAAUUCAAAUUUGUUCAAGUUAGCAGUAUUGUUUCUGAAUAGUCCAAACAGAGACAGCACGAGAGGAAACAUCGAUUAUCCACAGCCCCGUACCCCAGACCUAAUUCAAAAAAUGACAGUAGAAAGUGAAAUUGCAUCAAGAUACUGGCUUGACCAACGAAACGAAGUGAUUGAGAAGAUAAAUUUGAAAGGAAGAAUACCUGAACCACACUGUGAUGUUUCUGAAAUUAACUUCUCACUGGAUAGAAUGCAGAAAACUUUGGCGGCUCCAAGAAACAUGAAACGAGUGAACGAAAUUUGUGAACUUAUGAAUAAAAUUGAGGAGAAUGAGCGUGUAUUCUCAAGACUGACUGCUAUCAAAAAUGGCUAUCGACCUAGAAAAAUUACAUCAAUUUUGGGUCCACGCGGCGAAAGAAUGGUAACUGAUGUGGCGGAUGUCAAAACAAAAGAAAUGUUUACAAGUCAUAAAAGUAUUAAGAAGACUAACAGUUUUCCUGAUGUAUUCGACGCAUUGUCAUUAUCUUGGAUCAGAAAACCGAACAUUUUUGCACAACUCCGUAAUGCAUGUCUUCAUGGAAUAUUGAUAACAAACGGAACACAAACCAAUCCAAUAUUCCAUGUGCAUCGCUCUGGAAUCACUGCACUCCCGUGUGGUUCUCAUACUGUAGAAAAAACAUAUCUGUUUGAAAACAUGACAAUGAUAUUCCGAAGACCAAUGAGGCCUUGGGAUGCUCUGGAAGUUUCGUUUGAAAUGAUGAUGAACACUCAUGAAUCUCUUCUCAUUUUCUCACAGCAGCGUUUUGCUAAGUUAGUCAGUCAAUACGCUGCAAAACUGAUUGCUACUGAAAAUCAUCUCUUGGCAUUCACAAAAAGAUGGGAAGAAGGGAAAAUUUCCAACUUUGAAUAUCUCACUAUGUUGAACCUCUUUGCGGGACGUACUAUUCAUGACAGCAGCAGUUAUCCUAUUUUUCCACGUAUUUUGGCGAGGUUUGGAAAUGAGUCAAUAGACCUGCAGGACCGAUCAUUGUAUAGAAAACUGGACAGACCUGUUGCGGGACAAGAUUUGUUAUCAAUCGAAAAGCACAAAGAACAUUACAAUGAGUUAAAGGAGAAUGAGGAAGUCAGUCACCUAACUCCUUAUCAUUUUGGAUCAAUGUGCUCCAACCGUGGUGUUGUCUCAUUUUACAACAUUCGGCUGCUCCCAUUCGGAGAGGAAGCCAUCGAACUCCAAGAUGGUAGAUUUGAUUUCCCAGAUAGACUAUUCCAUAACAUCGAAUCUGGACUGGGAUUGGGAAAAAUUGAGUCCAGUAAUGAUUACAAAGAGCUGGUUCCUGAAUUAUUCACAACUGUGGAAGUUUUGAAAAAUGAGAAUGGAAAUCAUUUUGGAGAAAGACAAAACGGAGAAGCAGUAAACGAUGUAGAUGUUCCACAGUGGUGUUAUGUCGAUGGGAAACCCGUUCAUGAAAAUUUUAUUCACUUGCAUCGUCAUGCUUUAGAAUCUGAACAUGUCCAAUCAAUGCUGCACAACUGGAUUGAUCUUGUUUUUGGCUACAAAUCUAGAGGAAAACCUGCACAUGAUGCAAUCAACGUUUACCAUCCGGCGGUGUAUCCCGGGAACUCCCCACCAACAGUUUUCGAUCGAGUAAUGACGAAUGCUUACGAAGCGAAUCAGAAAACGUUGGGGACAGCUCCUAUCCAACUCUUCACUCAACCUCAUCCAAAACGAGAAGUAGUGGAGCACAGGCAUGGUUCAGUUAGACAUAUGCAUGGUUUAGCGUUUGGGAAGGAACUGACUGUCGGUCAUUACGAAAUGGGAGAGUACACAAUAGAUAGGCAGACAACGCAACGAGUGUGGAGAAGAAUGAAAAGUUUGAAGUCAAAAAUUUUCAACAAAAGCAACGCUCUGGACAAUGAGAAUUUACAACUGUUUAAGAAAAACAAAGAUAAAAGAGAGAAAGACACCACGGAAAUAAACUACAAAACAAUUGACAGCAAGUUGGUGUUAUCUGAUGGGUCAUCUGAAUGCUGCAAAGAACACAACAAGAAAAUUGAUGAAAUGAGUGUAGAUGAUAACUAUGUGGCAUGCCUCGUUCAUCAUGGACCCAUCGAAGUUUACAAAGUUGUUAACAGACACAGUCCAAAGUCACGAACUGCAGUUGACAGAAUGCUCAGAAGUGACAGCAAAUCAUUUUCUAUUGAGUACUACGGCACACUUCCAGUUCAAGAAGGACACUUUUCAUCUGUGGAGAUUUGUGCUUCGUUUUCCACCAUUUUUACAAUACACAAUAUUGGUAGGCAGUCUGUUGUGUCCAUAUGGAGUUUGCAUUCUCAUCAUAUUCGAGCGUGUUGCAAAAUUGAUGGCAUGAUGGAGUCAUGUGGAGUAUUAAAAAAUCUUGGAAAACUCAUUGUAGUGGAGAAAUGGGAUGGAGACCAGAUUAAGUAUGAGAAACAGUGGAGAACUAAGAAACGUGCCGCCAAGAAACAGAAAUACAGUGGAAAAGUGCCGUUGACUUCAACAGAACAAAUUAUGGCAAAGAUUAGUAUAAACGGAAAACCGCUCAUCUCAAAGUACACAUCCAACAACCUUUUCAUCCACAGUGGAGUUAUUUCUAUGGAACCUGAACCAGGAAUGGGAAUCCAGACGCUGGCUAUGAUUCGAAGUGACCACUGCAUUGUUUUAUUUGAAACAAUUGGGAUGACAGCAAUGAGAGUUUUGGAAGUGGAAAAUCGGUUAGAUUUUUGUUUGAGAGAACUCCGCUUCCAAGAGGACAACUCGCUUAUCGCUGUUUUCAAAGAGAAUCGAUCGUUGAGAAAGAAGAACAAGGAAUUGUACAAAAAUCUUGGAUGCGCCCCACCAACUAAGACAUGGAGAUUCAGAGUGAAGUCGUGA